UUGAUUGCUCAGUUUUCUGAAAGAGCUCAUCCAAGCACCACCAUGAACAAGCUGAUUCUGAUUGCAGGUCUCUGUCUUUCCCUUGGCAGUUUGGUCUCCUCCUCCAGACUGGUGUGUUAUUUCACCAACUGGUCCCAAUAUCGUCCCGGGCAAGGGAAGUUUAUGCCUCAAAAUGUUGAGUCGAACCUGUGUACCCACCUGAUUUACGCCUUUUCUGGUAUAAACCAAGCGAAUGAGUUGGUCACCAUCGAAUGGAACGAUGAUCAACUCUAUAAAUCCUUAAAUGAACUCAAACAGAGGAAUCCAGAUCUGAAGACGCUGUUGGCUGUCGGAGGCUGGAACUUUGGAACACAAAAAUUCACAACAAUGGUGGCCACACAAGCUAACAGAAAUACAUUCAUCCAGUCUUCCAUCAAACUACUGAGACAAUACAGUUUUGAUGGACUUGAUUUGGACUGGGAAUUCCCCGGUGGAAGAGGAAGUCCCGCGGCGGACAAGCAGAGAUUCACGCUGUUAUGCCAGGAGCUUCUUGAGGCGUAUCAAGCUGAGGGAACAGCAACUGGCCAGCCAAGAUUAAUGAUCUCUGCUGCUGUGUCUGCUGGGAAAGGAAAUAUUGAUGCUGGCUAUGAAAUCGCAGAGAUUGCAAAGUACCUGGAUUUUAUUAAUGUGAUGACGUAUGACUUUCACGGCACCUGGGAGAGUGUGACUGGACACAACAGCCCCCUAUACAAGGGAUCCCACGAGACCGGGAGCAAUGUUUACUUAAAUACUGACUAUGCCAUGCGAUAUUGGCGGGACAACGGCACACCUGUAGAAAAGCUAAAUAUGGGCUUUGCUACAUACGGCAGGACAUUUCAUCUGUCUACUCAAUCCAGUCAGGUUGGAGCUGCAGCGAGUGGUCCCGCUGCUGCUGGAGCUUUUACAAGAGAGGCCGGCAUCUGGUCCUAUUAUGAGAUUUGCACUUUUCUUGAAGGGGCCAGUGUUCAGAUGAUUGAGGACCAGAAAGUUCCAUAUGCUGUCAAACAAAAUGACUGGGUCGGAUAUGACAACAAGGAAAGUUUUGCAACCAAGGUCAGUUACUUAAAGGAAAACAGAUUUGGAGGAGCUUUUGUCUGGGCUCUGGACUUUGAUGACUUUAAUGGGCAGUUCUGUGGACAGGGAAAUUAUCCCCUCAUCAGCUCCCUCCGCUCUCUUAUGGCCACAGAUCUUCCUCCCGUUCCUACUGGAGAAACCACCCAACGUCCUACCCGUCCUCCCAGCCCUAGCCCCAAUCCUCCUCGCCCCAACACUCCUCGCCCCAGCCCUCCUCACCCCAACCCUCCUCGCCCCAGCCCUCCUCCCAAACAAGAUAAUUUCUGUGCUACAAAGCCUGGUGGAGUUUAUGCCAAACCUGAUGACCCAGGUAAAUUUUACAACUGUGGCCACGGCCGCACUUCGAUCAUGGACUGCCCAGCUACUUUGGUCUUUAGGGACAGCUGCAAAUGCUGUGACUGGCCCUAACAGCUGGCACAUUCAGUUAUGUUACAGAAGGUGUGAUAUCUUUAGUCAUCAGCAGUUGGUAUAAAUUGUGUUUACAAUUUCCUGUACAAGUUCAUUUUACAAUAAAACAAUGGUUCUUGGGA